GAUCGCGCGGUGGGGAGCAGGCCGGCCAUCUCCCAUGGGACUCGGGCGUUCCUCCUAGAGCGAAGACCUCACCCUCCUCCUCCUUCUCCUCCUCCUUCACCUGCAGCCAACCUCGGGCGGCAACUUCCUGCUACUCACCUGGGCCGCGCUCACCUGCCCGCCGGCGCCUGGGAGGGGGCCCCCAGCGGCUCCCCCGGCCAAGAUGAAGGACCGGCUGGAGCAGCUGAAGUCUAAACAGUUAACAGAAGACGAUGCUGAUGAUGAGGUGGAGAUCGCCAUCGACAACACGGCCUUCAUGGAUGAAUUCUUUGCAGAGAUAGAGGAGACUCGGCUCAACAUCGACAAGAUCGCGGAGAAUGUAGAAGGAGCUAAGAAACUUUACAGUGUCAUCCUCUCGGCACCAAUUCCAGAACCAAAAACAAAGGAUGACCUAGAACAGCUAACUGGGGAGAUUAAGAAAAUGGCCAACAACGUCAGGAACAAACUUAAGAACAUGGAGAGGCACAUUGAGCAAGAUGAAGUCCGGUCAUCAGCGGAUCUUCGGAUACGGAAAUCCCAGCACUCUGUCCUCUCCCGGAAGUUCGUGGAGGUGAUGACCAAGUACAAUGAAGCCCAGGUGGACUUCCGGGAACGCAGUAAAGGCCGCAUCCAGAGGCAGCUGGAAAUCACUGGCAAGAAAACCACAGACGAGGAACUGGAAGAGAUGUUGGAGAGCGGGAACCCAGCCAUUUUCACUUCUGGGAUCAUCGACUCUCAGAUCUCUAAGCAAGCACUCAGCGAGAUUGAAGGGCGGCACAAGGACAUCGUCCGGCUCGAGAGCAGCAUCAAGGAGCUCCACGACAUGUUUGUGGAUAUCGCUAUGCUAGUGGAAAACCAGGGGGAGAUGAUAGAUAACAUAGAACUGAAUGUGAUGCAUACAGUGGACCAUGUGGAGAAGGCUCGUGACGAGACCAAGAAGGCUGUGAAAUACCGUAGUCAGGCCCGGAAGAAAAUGGUAAUUAUCAUUAUCAUAGUGGUGGUGUUACUGGGCAUUUUAGCUCUGAUCAUCGGGCUUUCCGUCGGGCUGAAAUAGCAGCAGCUCCCGGUGACUGCUGGCACUGAACCUAACUCCUUCCUGCCCCUCACCUCCUUGGCCUGCUGCUGCGUCCCGUUGAUCCUCGCCGACCACCUGUGCACUGACCAACAUCUGCUCCCCUGCCUCUCCCAGCACCUGCUCCUAUCCCAGUUGGAUCCUUGCACCUCUUCCUUUGGACCGGAUAGGAGUUGCCUCUCCAAAGUCUCUAGGAGUGAGCAGGACAUGUGCCUUCGUGUCCCAGUUAACCCCAUCUUGGGUCUGGUUUGCCAUUUGUCCAAUCCAGGAGGUGUCCACCCUGUCCUGACCCAACCGUAAAUCUC